AUGAUAGGCGAUAGUGCAGCAGCCAAACUCGGUGCAGUACCACUGUCCAAUGACACCGUCGCUAGGAGAAUUGUAGACAUGUCCAAUGAUAUCAGAGAGCAACUGAUAGAGUUCGUAAAAAAGAGUCCUUACUACGCGCUGCAGCUGGACGAAUCCACUGAUAUUGCUGGGCAGGCACAGCUCCUCACCUAUGUCAGGUAUCUGCGGGACAAGGCGAUUGAGGAGGAUGUCCUGUUUUGCCGGCCUCUUCAGUCGCACACUACAGGAGAAGCCAUUUUCAAUGUCCUUGAUAUUUUUAUCCGUGAAAAUGGUUUGGCUUGGGACCGAUGCGUUGGCCUAUGCACGGAUGGUGCGCAGGCAAUGACGGGGCGUGAGCGUGGCCUAGCUGCUCGCGUUCAGCAAGUAGCUCCACUUGUGAAAUGGACACAUUGCAUGGUCCAUCGCGAAGCACUAGCUGCUAAAAAAAUGCCGGUUCUUUUUGACUCCAUGCUGAACCAAUCCGUGAAAAUGAUAAAUCUCAUCAAAUCACAGCCGCUAAACUCUCGCUUGUUUGGGGUCCUCUGCCAGGAGAUGGGGUCAGGGCACGAACAGCUGCUUCUGCACACUGAAGCUCGCUGGCUCUCCAGGGGGCGGGUGUUACAGCAGUUGUAUGAGCUGCGAGAGGAGGUGAAGUGGUUGUUGACAGAAAUCAAAUCAGAUCUGGCGAAGCAUCUGGAUGACACUGUGUGGCUUGCGUCUCUGUCCUAUUUGGUCGAUAUAUUUGACCGCUUGAACGGCCUCAACCUGUCUUUGCAAGGCCGCGAAACUCAUAUUUUGCUCCUUGCAGACAAAGUGCACGCCUUCACACAAAAACUAGACCUCUGGCAUGGCCGCAUCAGUCGAGGGAACUGCGACAUGUUCCCCAGCCUUGCAGACUUUAUCACUGAUGCAGGCACGUCACACGAUUUCUCCUCCCUAUUUCAAUCAGCGUCUGAGCACCUGUCAGCAAUGAGUAAACAGUUUGCGACGUACUUUAAAGAGGAUUAUCGCUCUUUUGCAUGGGUUCGAGAUCCGUUUGUGUGCACAGCAAACGAGCUAUCAAUUGAUAUGCAGGAACAGCUUAUUGAGCUGAAGAGUGACAGUAGACUGAAGGAAGUCUUUAGCUCCUGCCCUCUUUCGUCGUUCUGGGCAGCAUCGAUGCAGGAAUAUCCUGAACUCUGUGACGUCGCUUUGAAGAUUCUCCUUCCUUUCGCGUCGACAUAUUUGUGUGCGGCAGGAUUCUCAAAAAUGACUGCGCUCAAAACGAAAUACCGCAAUCGUGCACAAAUCGAGGAUGAUUUGAGGCUAUGUUUAUCAAACAUUGAGCCAAGAAUUGAGGAUCUUUGCAAGGCAAAGCAGGCUCAGGUCUCACAUUAA